AUGUCGGCUCCCGAAGAUGCCCCACUGUUGCACGACAAUGGUUCUCGUCUGCGCUCUAUUCUUUAUAUCAUGGGUGUCAAACUUGGGCUCGUAGAUCGGGUAUGGUCAGCUAUAUCAACGGUGGUUCAACUCCGAUUCGCUGAAGGCUUUACACGGUUGUCCAUUUUUGUGGCCUUUGUGGACAUAAAGAAGGUCAUAAAACUGGAGGUUCGUGCAGAUUCCGAUACCGAUUCAGAGUCCGAUUCCGAUUCCGAGUCAUCAUACGAGUCCGAUUCCGACUCUGAGCUGUAUACCAUGGCGGCGACGAGAUCUUCUAUCGAGGCGUUGGAGAAGGUAACCCUUGAAGAAGGGAGGGGAGAGAACUGUAUGGUAUGCAUGGCAGAGUACGAGGAUGGGAUGGAAGUCACUCGCAUGCCUUGCUCCCAUCUCUUUCAUGGAGAUUGCAUUGUCAAGUGGUUGCUGACUAGUCACCUUUGUCCUCUAUGCCGAUACCCAAUCCCAAUUGAACGACUUUAA